GUCAUCCUUGGGAUAAUAUUAAAAAAUAGAGAUUCCACCAACCUGAACAGUUCAUACUAGAGGUUCAGCUAGACAGUUUUUUGGCAUAUGAUCUACACUAACUGAAAGCCUGGUUAACCCCUUCAGUACCAGGCCUAACAGCUGAGCACCGCAUCCCAGACAGGACAAGCAGAUUACAGAGCUUCUGUGUCCUGUCCUUCUCACCAGUGCUGGUACUAGUAAAAGGGAUGUGUGAAUUGCCUCUUCCAGCCCAGCAGCAACCAUUGCCAGUGUGAAGGAGCACAGAAGUGCAAGCAAUGCAGGGAAGCUACAUGACUGUGGACAGUCUGGAUGACCCUGAGGAUUCUGACUUGGGAGGGGAGGAAUCGCCAGCACUCUUUUCACCUGCUUCAUCUCCUGCACCAACACUGGCUGAGGAGCCAAUCCCACAGCCAAGAGAACCUGCUGCCAUUUCUGAAGGGAGCCCACAAGAAACACACCAGCCUCAGGCCAGGCGAAGAAGGAGGAAUGUCCGUCAGUCUUCCUCUGGGCAAGAUAUUCGGGAAAUGAUAGAUGCCCGAGUAACCGAUUUCUUUGCCCAGAGGAGGAGUGACGGACAAGAGGAAUGUGUUUUAAGGGGUCUGGGGCCAUUACUCUGCCGGGUCCCUAUGGAGAGGCAUAAUAUGUGUGUCGCCUCAUUAGUGGUUGUGAUUGAGAUGUAUGCCUCCCACUACCAGGGAGACAUACACUUACACAUUACUGAGCUACGGCAUAAAUUAAUGAGGCAAUCCUAUCAGCAGCCCACCAUGUACCCGCAUCCCCCACAGCCACCACAAGUGACACCUUUCCAUGGCCAACAAACCUGCAGGUUCCCAGAACCAAACCCACCCCUUGGCCAGCAGAGUAAUCAGGGCAGUUAUGGUACAUGGGCACCACAUCCUGGCCAGGUUCGCCCGGGAUACGCCACAUAGGCCCCAGAUCCUGCCCAUGUCCACCCAGGUUCCUCACCUGGCCCUGAUCCUGGCCAUGUCCACCCAGGUCAAUCAUCUGGCCCUGAUCCUGGC